CUAAUUUAAACAUAAUUUUGACUAAAAAAAUAUAAUUUAGUUGCAUAGGUGUCAGCUAACUAAGUGAAGUCAUAAUUUUCAUCGUAUUCACUUUUUACCUUUUACUUUGUUUUUAUUUCAUUCAAUUCAGUGGAAUUUAUGAAUACUGUGUGGAUUUUUGUCUGGAAGUAUGAAAAGUUAUAUUUUAUCAAUUUGUUACCUGUUAAUUGUUUACUUUUGUGAUGAUUCCUAUUGCCAAAUAGAGAAAAUUUGCACUGAUAACUUCAACAGGGAUGCCUGUAACAAUAUAGAGAGGGAUCAAAACUAUUCUUGCGGACUGGUAAUUUCAAAAACCGAUUGUUUUCUAAAUAUUGACAAAGGUCUGCCUCAGUUUACAAUAGUGUAUCCUGAACAAGCUCUUUUGGCAGCCCCGUUGGUUUCAGAACAAGUUGUGGUAAUUGGAGAAGUUGAAACAGAACAACCAGCAUAUCAAACAGUUGUGAUUGUCAGAAAACAAAAUGGUGUUAGAUUGGAAGACUUUAGAGGAAAACGUUUUUGCCACCCUGGUUAUGAACAUGACGACCUUGUCACGAGAUACGUUUUGGAAGAGUUUCAAAAUAAACUACUGAAUUCAAACAUCAAUUACUGCAAUACCACAGAUAAUGUAACGCUAACAGAAAAACGAACAAGAGCUUUGGCUAGUUUUCUUGGACCAAGCUGCAUACCAGGGAGUUGGACAGAUGACGACAAACUAGAUGCUAAAUUGAAAUCUGAUUAUUCUAGACUGUGCGAGCUCUGUGGUCCACAGAAAUGUGACCUGGUCUAUGAAACGCCGUUUGCAGAUUCUAUUAGAUGCUUGACCCAAAAUGAAGGUGACAUUGCACUGAGCACAUUGAGAGAAGGACAACUUUUUUUCAAUAAUUCAAACAACAAUCAAGUAUUUCAGUAUUUUUGUCCUAAUGGAACUGUAAGUGAAUCUUCAAGACCGUGUACUUGGACUAACCAACUCAACCGACUCGUUAUCGCUGGAAAAGAUGCCAUUCAAACAGGACCUAAAGCACCCAAAGUUUACUUGGAAGAGUUUAUGAAAACUUCCCUGGGAGCUGAAUCCUUGAGAUCUAUUCUUCCUUUGACUAAAUCUGACAAAAUUACCUACAUCGAACCUACACCUCUGAAAACAUUUGUGGAAGCACGUAGAAAGAUACCUUCUCUAUUGGAUAAUAUUCAAUGCAAUCUUACUGUGAAAUGGUGUACGCUGAAUGAGCAGGAACAAAAGAAGUGCCUUUGGACACAACAAGCAUCAUUGAAUUCUGGUCUUCAGCCUGCCAUAGAGUGCGUACAGAGUAAUGAUAAUGAUUCGAUAUCUUGUUUGAAUGAUAUCGCUUCUGGUGUUGCGGAUCUUGCUUUCACCGAUGUCACUUAUGGUUAUCUCGCUAUAAAAACCUCAGAGUGGUUGGCAUUCAUUGAUACAUUGCGAACAAACAAGAUUGUACCUGACAGCUGCGAUUAUAAGCAAGUAAUCGGUGAUUUUGUAGGAAGCAGUUGUUUUCCUGGAGCCAAUUUACAUGAAUAUGCUUUGGAGGAUGGUAGUGUGCAAAAGUUUUGUGAACAGUGUCUACCUGCUGACAAUUAUGACACUGCAAAGUAUUGCAAUUCUGAUUAUAAGAAUAAAUAUUUCACGAGUGAGGGAUCCCUUAGAUGUCUCAAGGACCAAAAUGGAGAUUAUGCUGUAGUGACUAUAAACGAUAUUUCUCCCAAAACCGACACUUCCGACUUUCGUGUACUCUGUAAGAAUGGAUCACUUUCCGAAAGAACUGGUUUGGAUGUUGAUGAAAAGGCUCCUCUGACAAUUAUCACUGCUGGAGGGAUAGUAGUGAAAAAUGACACAAUGAAGAAUACUGACAUCGUACUUCUCCUGAGAGGAAUAGAAACAGACUUUGGGCUGAGUUUAAGGAAAAUAUUCAAAGUCUUUGAGAGUUUCGAUGGAAAGAGGGAUUUGCUGUUUCCGGAUUCCACUACUGGACUCAGUUUCACUGGUUCUCAAGGGGUUUAUGUGGAGAAUUUCAAAAAGUUGAUCCAGAAUUCAGAAAAAUGCUCAAAGGAUCCCAAUUCGAGUGCCUCCUACAAUGUAAUACCCAGUACAAUAAUACUGAUUUUGGGCUGUUUUAUAUUAAGAUUUUAAACAAGUAUUUUCCAAAGAAAUAAUUUUAUAUUCUAUGGUUCUCUUCCUGAUGAAAAGAAGGAAUUUUAGGAAUGGCUGUGGAGCUCUCUGAAAGGACAUUUUUCAGGAAAUUCAGAAUCUGAAGGACUUGUAGAGAAUACAUCAAAUUUGCACGAGAUGACAAAAUAAUAUUGAAAUUGAGGAUUCAAUUCAAUGAAAGUAGUAUAACAAAAAAUUAACUUUAAAAUCCACUCAUGAAAACUUACACAAAUAUUUCACAUCAUAAGUAGUGAUAGUAGUGAUACUUCUGGCUACUAAAACUAUUUUUAUUGAGCAUCGAAAACCUUAUGAAAAACUAGAUUGAACUGAAUGACGAAAACAGAUUUAUAUAUCGUUCGUACAGGACCACAAAGAUUGUAAGAUACUCAGCGUUAUGAACCUCUGGUCAUAAAAUAAAAUCAUAAAUUUCAGGUGACAUCAUUUUCUGUUGUUUAUAAUUUUUCACUAUUCAAUGAUUUUCAUCUCGUACAGUUGUUCUGUUUCUGAAAAAUGAAUCCUUCAUCACUUAUUGGUGAAUUGUUUUGUAUUUUUGAGAAUAUGCCAAAAAUUUACAAUCUGUAUUUUUUAAUAUGUAUACAAAGAUGUUAUUCAACUUCAGUUGAAUCCCAUUGUAUUCUCUUUAUCCUAUCAUAACUUUAUAUGAAACAUUUGUUGGUGUAUUUUAAGAUUUUAUCACUAUUUAAUUUCAAGUUUUGUUUUAUUUAUUUCCUAUAGAACUGGUCUGUACUUAAAAACUAUAUUUGUGGUUUGUUUGACAAUUGACUAUUCUUGAAUACCUAAUUAAAUAUUGUUGAAGCACC